CACUACCUCUCUCUUUAUCUCUCGUACUAUCUUGCCUUUGUGCAGAGCACCACCAUUCGCUUUACAUUCGAUUCUCAGUAAUCCAAUCUACGACACUCGGUCAACACUAAUCGGCUCCCUGCCUUCUUUCGACAAUCUUUUUCACUAGGCUCUCUCGAUUUUACUAUCCAAAUAAGCAACAAUGAAGUACGCUUACAUUCUCACUCUCGUGACCGUCGUCACUGCUCUUCCCCGCCCUCAAUAUGGCGCGGCUCCUCCUUCCAAGCCUCAGCCCUCUGUGCCUAUGUCGACUGGCAUCUCGGGAGGCUACCCUACCAUGCCUGGCCCGAACGGCCCUGGUUACGGAAGCCCUGGAGGUUCCCCUUCGUCGCCUGGCAAGCCUGGCAACGGUCCUACUGGCGGUGCUGGUUCUCCUGGCAAGCCAGAGGGCGACAAGCCUGAAGGAGACAAGCCUGGCAACGGUCCUACCGGCGGUGCUGGUUCUCCUGGCCAAGCCAGAGGGCGACAAGCCUGAAGGUGACAAGCCUGGCAACGGUCCUACUGGCGGUGCUGGUUCUCCUGGCAAGCCAGAGGGCGACAAGCCUGAAGGAGACAAGCCCGGCAAUGGCCCUACCGGCGGCGCUGGCUCUCCUCCCCCCAACACUCCCAGCAGUGGCACUUCUCCUGACAAGCCCAACAAUGGUCCUACUGGUAGCGCUGGAUCUCCCCCCACCCCCGGUACCCCCAGCAGCGGUCCUUCCUAUGGAGAUUCUCCCUCUGGAGGCUACUCCGGAGGUGAAUCCGGAGGCCUGGGCUUGGGACUUCCUGGUGUAGGUGGUAUCGGCGCCGGCAUCUGGGGUGGCAAGGGCGGCCUUGGUGACCUUGGUGCUGGUGUCGGUGGCCUCCUUGGCGGCGGCGCUCACGGCGGUGUUGGCGGCUCAGGCGGUCUCGGCGGCGGAAUCUUUGGCGGAGCCAGUGGAGGUGCAGGUGCUGGUAUCGGUGGCCUCGGCGGUCUCGGUGCUGGUGUUGGCGGCCUCGUUGGCGGUGGCGCUGGCCUUGGUGGCGGAAUCCUCGGAGGCGCCAAGGGCGGAGCUGGCGCUGGCAUUGGCGGCAUUGGUGGUGUCGGUGCUGGUGUCGGUGGCAACGCCGGAGCUGGUGUCGGCGGAUCUGUCGGCGGCGGCGCUGGUGUAGGUGGCGGCGCUGGUGUUGGAGGAUCUGUUGGCGGAGGUGCCCACGGUGGUGCUGGUCUUGGUGCUGGCAUCCUCGGUGGUCCUCUCGCCGGUGCUACCAGCAUCGGCAGCGGAAUCCUCGGUGGUGGAAUCCUCGGAGGCGCCAAGGGCGGAGCUGGCGCUGGCAUUGGCGGUAUCGGAGCCGGUGUUGGUGGCGGUGCCCAGGGCGGUGUUGGUGCUGGCGUUGGCGGCAUUGGUGCCGGCGUUGGCGGAGGUGCUCACGGCGGUGUUGGCGCUGGUGUCGGUGGCAUUGGUGCCGGCGUUGGCGGAGGUGCUCACGGCGGUGUUGGCGCUGGUGUUGGCGGUAUCGGAGCCGGUGUUGGUGGCAACGCUGGAGCUGGUGUCGGUGGCAUUGGAGGCGUCGGUGCUGGUGUCGGUGGCAACGCUGGAGCUGGUGUCGGCGGCAUUGGCGGUGUUGGUGCUGGUGUCGGUGGCGGUGCUCACGGCGGUGCUGGUGCCGGCAUUGGAGGCAUUGGAGGCGUUGGUGCUGGCGUUGGCGCAUCCGUUGGCGGUGGUGUUGGCGGAUCUGUCGGCGGCGGUGCUCACGGCGGUGCUGGUGCUGGUGUCGGCGGCAUUGGCGGUGUUGGUGCUGGUGUCGGUGGCAACGCCGGAGCUGGUGUUGGCGGAUCUGUCGGCGGUGGUGCCCACGGCGGCGUUGGUGCCGGUGUUGGCGGCAUUGGAGGCGUUGGUGCCGGUGUCGGUGGCAACGCCGGUGCUGGUGUUGGCGGAUCUGUCGGCGGUGGUGCCCACGGUGGAGCUGGAGCUGGUGUUGGUGGAAAUGCCGGAGCUGGUGCCGAUGUCGGUGGCGGUGCCAACGGUGGCGCCAACGGUGGUGACGAUGAGUACCCUACUCGCUAAGUGGACGGCUGAUUGACGAGAGUGUUGACUUGUACAUUAUGGAUUACUCCUCUACGCGUUACGCAUUUUAAUCUAAAUCUCUUACCUAUCUUU